CGUCGUUUCUCAACGACAUCCAGACGGCAUGGGGGACGACGUUGCCGGGGUGGACGGUGAAAGCCGUUUGCAACAGUGAGCAAGGGAUCACGUGUGACGCUUCAGGCAUGAUAACGGAUUUAAACCUUCAAGUUGUCAGUCCCCUUAUCACCGGCUCCAUUCCCGACAGCAUCUCUGUGCUCACGGCACUCACAUACAUCAAUUUCAACUCCAACCUUCUCAAUGGCCCCGUUCCUGACAGCAUCUCUGCCCUCAAGUCACUCGCAUACCUGGAUCUUGGCAAUAAUGCCCACCUCAACGGCUCCAUCAUUGGCAUUAUCUCUGCGCUCAAGGCACUGACACACUUGGAUCUCAGCUCUAACUCUUUCGACAGCUCCAUUCCCGACAGCAUCUCCGCGCUCACGGCACUCACAUGGCUUAAUCUCAACUCUAACUCCCUCGGUGGCCCCAUUCCCCACGGCAUCUCCGCACUCAUAGCACUCCAAUAUCUGAAUCUUGGCUAUAACUCUCUCACGGGCUCUAUACCCGACAGCAUCUCUGCGCUCACGGUUCUCACAUUGCUGAAUCUUGGCUAUAACUCUCUCACGGGAUCCAUACCCGACAGCAUCUCCGCGCUCACAGCUCUCACAUAUCUGAGUUUGUAUACGAACCAACUUACCGGGCUAAUUCCAGCUACACUUGGGAGCCUUUCCCUAUUGGACUACCUCAACACCGAUAACAACAGCCUCACUUGUCCUGCUGCUGACAGCACCACCUGCGGCCAAACCCUAUCGUCAUUCGCUGCUUUCUGCCGGAAAUGUUCCACCACCUGUUCGACAUGCCAAGAACAAGCAGCAUCUGGAGGUGGAGGGGGUGUAUCAAUAGGAGCCAUUAUCGGCAUUGCUGUUGCUGCUGUGGUCGUUCUCCUCCUGCUUCUGGCUGCCAUGCUACUCUGCUUCAGGCGCCAGAAGCAACGAAGCUCAAGAGCGAGGCUGAUGGCGCUCACGGGCACGCAGAGCGAGGAGGAGUUCCAGGUGGGUGGCUGUGUGGCUCUUCACGGGCAUGACACGCCUUCCCUGCGGUGCUGUCACAGAGGGUCACUGAGGAACCGCCUUCCUCGGUGCCUCUCACUGACCGCAGUUCCAGGUGCAAUUGACCGCCUUCCUCUCUGUUCCGUCCUCCCCUUCUCCCUCCCCCAGUCUGCGCUGCAGAGCUUCCUCUCCCGCGCGGAUCAACUCGAGGCUCUAGUGGAGCUGUAUGCGACCGCCCUGCAGAGCUGUCUCUCCUGUGCGGAUGAGCUGGAGGCGCUGGUAGAGCUGCAUGCAGGGCCACAGCGAAUGACCCCUUUCCUCUUUCCUGACCCUUCUUUUCCCCCUCCCGCUCCCCCUUCCCCCUCGCUGCAGGAGAACAAGGCGCUGCAGGAAGCCGCUGAGAAGCUUCCUCCCAGCGUGUCCCCGCAAGCCGUGGCAUUCACCAAGCGUGCCCUGCUCACCCUGCAGAACAACCCAUCGUGGUCGUUUGCGCAGAAGCAGAAGAUGAUCGGCAGCAUCGUGAGGGGGUUCUCAUCCUCGCAUUGA